UGCUUGCAUUCACCUGCCCGGGGGUGCUGAAUUCCCGUUGUUGGGGCGGGGGGAGAAGAGAAAGUAAGGGCAAAUUCAGAGAACUACAAAGCACUUAAGCAGGGCUUGUAGCUGAUAGGGAUGGAUAAUGCGGUUCUACGAAGCGCUUAGGUAUGUGUGUUUUUUGUUAGCAGUUGUGCGGAAGUGAAGUGCUCCCUUUGCGUGGUGGGCAUUCAGGCUCUGGCUGAGAUGAACCGAUGGAGAGAGGUUCUGUCCUGGGUCCUGCAGUACUACCAUCACCCUGAGCAGCUGCCUCCAAAAAUCCUGGAGCUGUGUAUCCUGUUAUACAGCAAAGUGAGAGAGCCCCAGGUGAUGCUGGAGGUUGGCAGUAGCUGGCUGAGGGACCAAACCAAUAAGAGCCUGCCUGAGUAUGUCUCAUUGCUGGAGCUGUAUCUGCUGCACGUGCUGCUUCCACUUGGCCGAUUUGAGGGGGCAGAAGAGCUUGUGUACAGCUGUGAUGUUCUUGACAGUGAGCAGAAGCUGGCAUUUGUUGAGACCAUUUGUGAAAAGCGAUGUCAGUGGACUCAACAGGAGGAAAUGCACUCAGCUCAUGAUGAGCAGGAGGACAAAGCAACAGAGACUGUUUUGGCUUUUCUGAUCUGUGUUCUAGGUGUUCUGUCCCAAAAGCUCUUGACCAUGCUGACUUUGCUACGAAGAACACUAAGGUCCAUGUCAAGCCACUUCUAUUUACUUCCUUAUAAAAAGAUGCUCUUGGCUACUUUUCUGCUGUACCUGGUAGUGGUGAGAUUAGACCCAGCUUCUCCUACGUCCUUGCCGUUCAUUUGCAAACUGGUGCAGCUCUUCCGACAGGCUUGGGCAGCUGUGUUGUCUCCAAUCCACAGGCCUCCAAUUCAAGACUAAAUGUCUUCUGGCUCUGCUCCUGUGUCAGCUUGUCUCGAGGACUUUAUGAAGUUCUUCAAGGGCUGUUGAAAUCAGUGUCCUAGUAGAGAUGACCACCACUGUGAUCUCCUGUGAAGUGGUCCUCUUCUUUCUUCAGGCAGGAAAUGAUGGUGUAUGAAUUUUGAAGCCAUGCCAAGUAUUCCUGACGUCACCUUGGCUAUUCAGCGCCAUUCUGUCCAACAUUGGAGUAAAGCCACUCCUUCCGUAAUCUACAGUUGAUUAAGAUCCUCCUUUUGAAACACUUUGCUUUGGGUGUGGCUCUUGAGUGAGAGUUCUGUAGACAGUUACGAAGUAUGAUGCCUGUUUGGAAGAUGGUUCCGUCCUUGUAAAUACCAUGCAGUUCCCUGAACAGCUGAAACAGCAUUCGUGGAAGCAGGAAUGUUAAAGGCAGCAAAGUAUCAGUAAUUAGAGGGAAUAUUCUGUUUUGUCUCAAGACAUCUCAAAUCCCAGUUCCUCUAGUAUGGGGCUGAGGACAAGUACAUGGGAGAAAAACACUGCAAGAAACAAAACCUAUUGUAUUUUGAACACCAUGGUUUCUCUUGUGACUGAUGCCUCCUCAUACAGGGGCUCUCAAUUUUAAUCAUAUCUAUGGCAGAAAGCCUGGCUGGUUUGCUGCAAGUACAGCUGUGCUGCACCUACAGUUCUAAAAUGCAGAUUACAGUACCUUGUACUUGCCUGGUGCAUAGUAAUCUAUGUAAUCAUAGUAGGCGCCUGUGCCAGUGGUAAUGUAAUUUUUUUUUUUUUAAAUUAUGUUCCAUAUUAUUGUUUAGUUGAAGCACUGAUGUUGUUGCAUUGUUUUACUCUUUCCCUACCUCUUUCCCUACCUCUUUCCUACCUAUUACUCUUUACCUACCUUUAUGAAGAUUCAAAAAGUCCCAUUAUGUCUAGAAACCUUCCUCCUAUGCCCGUGAAGUCCUAAUUUACAUGGUAACCAUUCAGCAAUGCUCUAUCAUUCAGAGCAAACAAAUCUUUGAUGGAAGCUCUGAGAUCCCCACAGAUGUGGCAAGAAAGUUACUGCCUUUACAGAGGGUCUUACCAGGCUGACGCUGUUUCUGAUCACCUGGGGCAGAGAUUGGAGGUCUGCAGGAGAACAAUUAAUUCCCAUAGAUUGACAAUAACUCCCAUAGUGAAUAAGUGCCAAGGGAGAGAGCAUUGACUAUUUCAACAUUGCUUCUACUGGAGCAAGCUGCACGUGUGCUGGAGAGAACAAGUUAGAGCCAUGUGGCGAAUGUAGCCAGCUAUCCCAGAAUCUGUGCCAAGAUGAUUCAGGCUGACCAACGUCAGCCAAAACUACAGAAACUAAGCCACCUUUUUGGCGGCCAAUUUCUAUCCAACAUACCAAGCUUGUGUAAAGUAGCCAAUAUAGGUCCCACUGCAAUGUCUUACCCUGAUAGCCUCCUUCGAAUCAAUCAUUUGUUUCUAGCAAUAGUUCUACACAGAUAGCAGCUAUUUCUGUUUUCUUUACAAGGAUAGCAGCCUGUUGGCAUACUCUGUCACUUUGCAGCCUACCAGAACAUUUGGAAAAGUCUAUGUCUUUACUGCUAGAAGUCUUGUUCUGUUUAGAUUGUUCUAGAGUUAUCCUGAUAGAGAAAUACUCCGGUGUUAGUGUGAGAUAAAGUGGGGCGCCCAUGAAUGCAGAAAGCAGUCAUCACCUUACCUUACCAUCUCAGGUAAACAAAAGAUUAAAACCACAAGACAUUCCUAUCCUCUCUCCCCUGGAAUUUUUGUCUCCAGCUGGAUUUUACACCAGGACAAGUAGCACAUAAUGCUUCACCAAAUUAAAAAUAUAAAUAUAUGUUUAUCAUAUACUGUGUAUACAGGGAGGAGCAGUUCUUGAUACUGCUAGAUGAUUUAUGUAAUCUAUCAGUGUAGCUAUGCUUCCCUACAGCCAGCACUUGAUGAAAAGCCAGGUAGAAUCCAACACAGAGGGUCUGGCUGGAGUUGAGUUCCUCCAGAAAGUGACUGGGUUGCAUCUACUGGCUGCCUAGUUGCAAGACCUUGCUCUAAAAAACUGGUAAACCAGUUUAUGAAACAAUAAAUUUCCCUUUGAAGACAGGCUAAAUUCUAGAUGAUACAUGACCGUUCAGCUAACAACCACUUUUUUAAUCUCAAUUUCUGUUAACACUUCCAGUUAAAUCGCAGAGCUGCAUUUUGGGGACUGGGUUCAGUGGGUAGACCGUCUGCUAUGUGUAGAGCCCUAGCUCUGUUAAAUAUCACAGCUAUUCAUUUACCAAAACUCUAACAUUUAAUUUGAUUUUAUUGGUUGGUUAGCAACCUCUGCUUCUUUUGGAUACUACUGAUAUUGGAUUUGAAUUGUGUUUAGCACUCCAUGAGAGGGGUGAAGGCAGAAACAACCAAUCUUUCUUUUUUUGCAGUGACUACUAAACCUGCAAUAUUAAAUUUUCACAAUAAAAUGACUACUUAUUUACCUCUUUGUAGAGUUGCUUAUUUGUGCUGUGAUGAAGUGUAUCAAAGCUUUCGUAUUUAAUGUAUUGAUGCUGUUGAGCCUCAAAAUAGUUUCUGGAAAUGUUUCAUACGUGUCCUCAUUGUACAAGUAUAUUGGAAUUAGGUAGCAGACUUGCUAGUUAAGUAGAGACUUACAGGCCUGCUUUUCAUAGGAGUUCAGAAAGUGAUAAUUACUUUCUGUGAAAGAUGCAAUAUAUACAUAUAUAUUAAAUAUAUUUAAGCGUUUCUGUGUACUUUGGGAUGGCUAAGAUCAGAACUACUGAGAAUAAAGUACCUGGUACUUGUCUUGA